GGUAUAUAGAUGGUUUUUCAAAAACGGUUCCUGUGUUGUUAGGCCCUUAAGGUUUGGCUGGUAACUUCACGCAAAAAGGAGACGUGACAGCUGUCACCGUUGCGACGAAGUGUCACUCCGUUUUUGGCAUUUUUCUUACUAAAGCUGCCAAUUUUUUAAAAAUAUUUUAAAAAUUAUCACACAAACCGAGCGAAAAUGGCCCUAUCUUUAAUGCUCAGAAACGGCCCGAAAUUUCGAGGUUUGGCGGCCAGCGCUCUGCCACGAUGCUCCUUCCAGAUCCAAAAAACCCAAAAUUUCACCCAUCUAGUCGUAAAAACUAACACAAAACCGCUGUCGCUUGCCAAUAAAUGCAAACUGCAAUUUAUUAAUGUGGCCCAACAAACUAAAAGAAAUAUGUCAAUGGACCAUGGUAAACUGUGGACAAUAGAGAAAAUUGUGUCUGUUUUGUUGCUGGGAAUUGUUCCAGCCACAUUUUUCACCCCACAUAAAAUCUACGAUCAUUUGUUUGCUGUCCUGACAGUUCUGCAUUUCCAUUGGGGUUUUGAGGCUAUUGUGGUGGAUUAUAUCCGGCCCAUUCUUCUAGGGCCACUAAUCCCGAAAUUGGCCAUGCUUUUACUGUAUGUAGUUUCGAUUACCACCCUCGGAGGUCUUAUUUAUUUCAAUGAAACCCAAAUUGGUAUCGGAUGUGCUUUCAGGAGAUUGUGGGCCCUUACCGGGACUCCUUGCGACAAUGAAGAUGAAAACGAGAAGAAAUGAAAUGUUUUGAGUAUUGUAUAUUAUUUUUGUUAUUUGUAAAUUGAAAUUUUGUUGUGUUAAAUUGAUAUGAUUGAGUAUUAUUAUCAUAUAAUAAUAAAUUAUUUAAAUGA